UUGAUUGGGCAAAAGAAGAAGAGUCCAAUUGAUUAAUUAUAAUAUAAUAUUAUUAUUAUUAUCCAUAUCCAUGAGUGAGUAGCAGAGAGAUAGAGAGCGGCACAAUCAAGCAAUCAAUCCCUACUUAAUAUUUUCAUUUUGUGAUAGAAAGAACCGAACGCAACACAAUCGAGCAUGAUGAGCACCACGAGUAGCACUACAAUUGCAACAAUGGCGGCUCCGUUGCCGUUCACCAACUCCAAGAUUCAGAGAAGCAGAAGAAUUGCGACGAUGAUAAGGUGCGACGUGGAAGGAGAUUCAUCACUGAAGAUUGGAGCGCGUGUUAGGGUAAAGGUUCCUCUGAAAGUGUAUCAUGUUCCUAAAGUUCCAGAGGUUGAUCUCAGCGGCAGAGAAGGUAACAUCAAACAGAACGUGUCUAUCUGGAAAGAUAAGAGAAUCUCUGCAAAUUUUCCUUACAAGGUUGAGUUUAUUGCUGAAGAUAUUCAAGGUCCUCGUGGUCCUCUCAAGUUCGUUGCGCACCUCAGGGAUGAUGAAUUUGAAUUACUCUCCGAGUAAUUCGAAUAAUUCCUUUUUAUCAUCAAUCAAUUAUUAUUUCUAUUUCAAUUUUGUUAUAUAUCCUACUACAUGAAUAUUUCAAGUUAGAUUAGAGGCAUUUGUGUCCUCUAACCUACAAUACAAUGUAUCUCCUACAUAUUAUCACUUUCUCAUUCAUAAUCCUGAUCUUAUUUUCAAAUUA